AUGUUGAUGAAAGUGCUACUGGUAGAAGUUGUAGUGAUUGUGGUAGUGGGGCUGGUAAAGAUUGUGGCAAUUGUGAUAGUGUUGCUGAUAGAAGAUGUGCUGAUUGUGUUGGUGGUGCUGAUAGAGGUUGUUGUGAUUGUGGUAGUGGUGCUGGUAGAGGAUGUGGUGAUUGUGGUAGUGUUGCUGGUAGAUGUUGUAGUGAUUAUAGUAGAACUGCUGGUAGAGGUUGUAGUGAAUGUGGUAGUGUUUCUGGUAGAGAUCAUGGUGAUUCUUGUAUUGGUAUUAGAAAAGGUGAUGGUGAUUGUGGUAAUGGUGCUGGUAGAGGUUGUGUUGAUUGUAGAAGUGAUGGUGGUAGAGGUUGUGGUGAUUGUGGUAGCAGUGCUGGUAGACGGUUGUGGUGGUGAUGAUUGUGGUUUGGUGCUGAUAAAGGUUAUGGUGAUUGUGGAAGUGGUGCUGGUAGUGGUGAUUAUGGUAGUGGUUCUAGAAGAAGUUGUGGUGAUUGUGGUAGUGUUGCUGGUAGAGGUUGUGGUUAACGUGGUAGUGGUGCUGGUAGAGGUUGUAUUGAGGUUGUGUUGA